AUGUCUCCAUCACCGCACGCCACCUCGGCUCCGACGUCGGCAAUGCCUCGAUACCGGCGUUCCACCAGCCACCACGCAGCAACACCACAGUGGAGGGCCACGUGCACCUCACCCGCCUGCCCCUCCACCUCCUGCCGCCACCCUCCCCUCGCCGCUCUCAACCUCAACGCUCUCUCCCGUGACGCCCUCUCUGCCCAAUCCACUCUUCCGCUACAGCUGGCAAUAGAGGCGAGAGCUAACGUGGACGUCUACAAUAUCGGAACUCCCUACAUCACGGUCAAUCUACUGUGUGAUUUGAACGUCAACAUUGCACUGCAGCAUGUGGACAACACAACAUCCCGUCCGCGCUCGAUCGCCAUUGAAAUCAAUUCCGAUCAAUACGAGCUCGCUUUAGGCCGUCAGCAGCGGGGCGUCGGUCGCACGCGCGGCAGCAUGGGAGGCGGGGAGGAGCUGCGGCAGCAGGGGGGAACAGGCGAGGAGCGGAUGGGGUGGCUGUCGGCUGUGGCGAUCGGCGCUAUCACUCCCGGCUUCAACCGUCCCACAUUAGUGCUCAUGAACGUCAUUCUGGUGGGGCUGCUGCUCUCCUUCGCCGCCCUGCUGCCCGCUGCCCUCCGUUACUCCCGCCCACCUGGAGGGGACAGCAGCAGUGCCGGCAGCAGUGGCAGUGAGAAUGGCAGCGCGGUGGAAGGUGGCAGCAGUGAGAUGCUGUACCAUGUGGUGUUCCUGCUGCUGCUCACUCUGCUGCUCAUUGCUCUGCUCAACUGGUUGGCAUGGGAGGUGGGCACAGUGUCCGCCCACUCGCAGGCACGGCACCUGCUGGCACCUGCUGCCAGCUGCGAUGGUGCUGCUGAUGCUCACAGUGCGUCUGGGGCCCAUGAUGCCGAGGAUGCAAGCGGGUCAAGAGCAGCGCACGGCAAGAGGCACAAGAAGAAGCGUCAGGGCAGCAAGAGAAACUUCAAGGGACAGCGCUGA